AUGUGCAAGUCUGGGUCAUGGCCGGUGAGUGAUCAUUCUCUGCCUGUGAGCUACCCCCUGCACCACGGGCCAAGCUUUAUGCAGAGAGCAUCUCGUAGCACAGGAAGAGGUGGGUGGUACUGGAUGGUCCCUCAGUAAGUUGUCAAACUGGUUACUUACCCUUGGAGAAGGCAGGACAUUGUAGUAGUUAUGGUGCUUGCAGUGUGCUAGUUUAUUGUAGCAGGAAAAUUUAAGUGUUUUAUUCUAAUCUGGUUUCCUCGCCUUAUUUUGUGUCUAGGAUUUCGUUGUCCUAUUUGUUCCAAGUCUGUAGCAUCAGACGAGAUUGAGAUGCACUUUAUUAUGUGUCUGAGCAAGCCACGGCUGUCCUAUAAUGGUAAGUAGACCCCAUGAACUGCUAGCAAUUUCUUUUAUUCACAUGGCUGUUCUAUGUCUUUAUCCUGACUGCUUUCAUGAUUAGAUUUCCCCUGGUAACAGAGAGUGGAGUAACCAACUAAAGGUGCUCUUUAAUGUUAGAGCAGCACUGGUGUGACUAGAAUGGGUGAAAGUUAAAUUCACAGUAGCCUCACCUUUCCAUUAUUUCUCUGAGACGUGGCCUGUUCUUAUCUCUCUGCAGAUGAUGUGUUAACAAGGGAUGCUGGCGAGUGUGUGAUUUGCCUGGAAGAACUGACACAAGGGGAUACGAUCGCAAGGCUUCCCUGCUUGUGCAUCUACCACAAAAGGUACCCAGUGCCCCGUAAUUCCAGACACAGACUGUGUAGAGUUACAUAGGACGGUUAUUAUAGCUGUGAUCUCCCUCUCUACCUCUCUCGGGGAGGCCCAUUACUCUCCUACCCCUCUCCUUUGUUUCCUUUGGAAGUGUCAUAAUGCACCUCUUGGUGUGAGUGUCGUGCCCUCUCCUUCAUCAGUCCCUGAAUAUUUGGCAUGCUGUGACAUUACUGUGCUGAUUUUUGUCUGUCAAUGCUGGUAGGUAUUAAUGCAGUGUUUAUAAAUCAUCCCAUCACUUCUCAGCCCCUUAUGGAGAUUAUAUGGGCUGAAUGGUCUGCUUGUUGUAUAUAUUAUUAAUAUGCCGUGUGCUGGGGAAGGUCCUGCAGCAUCCUUGCUGUAGAGCUGACUUUAAUAUUUAUGAAUAAGAUUUUUAAAUUCUUUAAUAUUUUGGAAUGCACUUUAUACUGAUUUAAUAUUUACAUUUAUUGAAUUUUUUUUUUAUAUACAUUUUUCGAUUUAAUAUUUAUUUAAAAAAAAAAAAAAGUUUAUCCAAAAAUAUAAAAUGUUGGUGUCUGGAGUGACUUCUUACCUGGGUCCACCUGGCACAGUUCACAUCUCCACUACCUCUGACAGAGCUGGAUUUGGCUCAUUGGCUGAGCGCACAUUGCUGACACUCUCAGCCGUUGAGCUAACCCUACACUGCACAGCCUCGCUCAGGAGAGCUAACCGAAGCUCCAUGUAGGGUGUAAUGGAGACUUGGACUCCAGGUAACAUGCCAAACUCUUCCAAAGCAAGUUGGAGUUGUUAUGGUAAAUAAUAGUCAUCCAUUAAUGAAUGAUUCUUUUUUUCUCUCGCCCUGUGUGUCCUGGUCUUUCUCCAUGCUUCCAGCUGUAUAGAUUCCUGGUUUGAGGUGAACAGAUGUUGUCCUGAACACCCUUCUGAUUGAGCCUCAGUUCUGCCUGGCUGACUUUACUUUAAGGUAUGUACAGAUCCCCACAUGUCCUGCCUUGCAGCUUCCAGGCUCCAUAAACCUGUCUGUUCACAUUCACGGUAUGGGACGUGCUUUCCUGGAUAUAGUUACACCAGCCGUUCCCAAGCCAGCUCUCAUGACCCAGCAACAGUCCAGGUAUUGCCAGUGUCUCCAUGGGUAAUAACUACAUUGUCGACUUGUUGCUGACCCUGAGGACUGACAUCCGCUGUGUGGUGAGUAAUCGGUGCAAGAUGAAGUGUCUGAACAAUCAUUGUCUGUGAGCGGCCAAGCUACGAUAUUGUCACUAAGGAAUGUGAGCUAUUGGGUCAAAUAGCUGAAUUAGGAAAUGUGUGUGUAUAUAUGUAACAUCUGCAGUGAUGUUACUACUGCAGAGGAUUCUGGGUGGGCAUAUGCAAAUUAGUUUGCAUAUGCCCACCCAGGAUCCUUUGCGGUAGUAACAUCCCCGCAGAUUUGUGAUUUCUGUGGGAAAAGCAAGUCUUAUGUCUUGACUGGUGUGCAGAUUUUUGUUCAACAAAGUAUUCACUAUCCACAGACUUCGGUUGGAAGGGGUUUUCAAUCACAAUUUUUUCCCCAACAUAAUAUUAUAAAUAAAUAUAUAUAUAUAAUUUUUUUUUUUGUAUUGUGUACAAAUGUGACCUGUACCCUUUUGAAUGUUUUUGUUGUAAAUGUAAUGAUCCUGUUAUUUUUAAAGUAAAUAUAUUCUUUGUUAAAUAAAGUAUAUGUAAUAAAAUGAAUAACAUAUUUUCUUAGGAUUCUACCACUGUAAAUGGUGACCAUGUUUUUCAAUCCUGUGUGUGUAUGUGAUGGAAGUGUGGUGGUAAGAGGGGCAAUGUGCGUUCUUUCACCACUUCCCCUUUCUUUUCAGGAUGCUGGGUGCUGCUCACAGGAUCCGGGCCUGUAUUCUGCAUCGUGCCAGGGUUGUUUGA